CUCUUGAUGCAUUACAGAGCAAGAUAUCUCUAGCAAUUGUCGUGAUCGGGGAACUUUUUCUUUAGAACGUCUUGGACCCACUGCAUCGAUUGUGGUGAAAGCAAUACAUGCGUUGGAAUUCAUCACACAACAAUUCAAAGAAUGAGUUACUACGGUCCCGCAUCAGAAUCGAGUCCAAAAGGGGAGACUCUCGCCAGCAACGAUCGGUUGCCGCAGUAUGACUACAGCCAACACUGCGAACACAGCUACACGCUAAUGGAUCGAGCGGGACAUUUCAAUCGCCUCAACAAGCGCCUGCGCAAAACCGUUAGAGUGGUGCCGUGGAGGGACGAAUGGGAACUCGAGGCAGUAGGAAAGGCACUCCUUUCGGUUCUGGAAUACGAUGGUGCGGAUUGGACCCCUGCCGAUCCCCAAGAACCGCCAAGGACAGAAAUGUGUCCCGAGGAAGCCUUUGCGAUGAUAUCUGUUUGGAACUCUCGGUUGGCUUCGCUCGGUGGGCUUCCACACGCAGUUGAAUCGACGGCUGCCCUUGCACAGGUUUACUGGAGGGAUUCUCUGCGACGGAGUCGAAGGGCAUCGAGGACGAAAACGAUAGCCCCGAACCACGGAAACGGCGUCAGCGUGAUGGAACUGCGCCUCGCGUACUCUGCGGCAAUCACCCGGUGCAUCAACGGAUUCGCCGAUUCCUUGCAGCAGCAACGGACUUUGGCGGCAAGCGUUUCGAGUUUGUGCGGACAGCUGGGAAUCCCGUCGUGGUUGGUCGACGCACGCCACGAGAGCUCCCACAAUGCCCUUCCCGGCAUCGAGGUAUUGCGGCUGUCCGCGUCCACCUUGCUGGAAUUCAUGAAGGUGGAAUUCUGGAUUCCCCGCUGCACGAAAUGGGACGACAACAACAACGGCAACAGCGGGGGAUCUAUGGCAACGAUGGAAACGGCUCGAGGAACAGCAGGAUCGCACGAAAGCGAGAACCACAUCCCGAACAACGGGUGUAGCAAUAUCUCGCACGACGAAGGCAACAGUUCAUCUGCCAGAAAUGGCAACAGCGGUCAGCAACCCAUCGAUCGUUUGGUUCAAUACAAAGCGUGUGCAUCCGCUUGGGCUACCACGAGAUCUAAUGGCGCUCGGAACGACGACAGUAACGCUGCCCCGCCCACACAAAGCAAACAGAAGAAAAAGAGGCCGUCGAUGCCGCCAAAAACGACAAUCCUUCCGUACGAUCCACUUUUCGGAGAAGAAGGCAUUUUGAGCAGUAGUGACGAGGAAGGUGACGAUGACGCCAAGGAAGAACUCAAUCUUGACAAACCGGUGGUGAAUUCGAUCUGGGGAUCAUCGAUUGGAACCAACACAAACCGGUACCUGUUAUUGGACAUACCGAAAAAGAAGAAAAAAAAAGGCAAAGACAAAAAAAACAAAGGAAAACCCAUUCAAAACGUACCGAAGAAAAGAAAGGGGGAAAAGUCUCCAAAUGAUUGUGCGAAACUCUUUGUGCAAUCCGUCUCUUCUCCGCAAGAGGGCUAUGCGAUCGCUGUCCGCUACUUAGUGUGGGGGGGCGUUGGCGGAGCUCCAGCCGAACGAGGAGUGUUGAUCCCCGGCUCAGAAGUUGCGUUCCCGGCUACACCGCAGGGUGUUUCCAACUGCUGGCAGCGUUAUUCUCCGCUGAUUCACGUCAUAACUCGUACCUGGCCGGGAUUCGCGGCCUGCAUAUUAACCCACCUCGUUGAUUUUGUGUUAUCGAUCGAGGAUAGCAGCGCAGUGUGCGAAAACGAGAGCCUGGAUGCAGGAUCCAUUCGCAAACUCUAUUUUCUAUACGCAUGGAUACGCCUCAUAUUGUCCCAGAGAUUUAUGGCAGCACUGGACCGAAAUUUUUCGGUGAAAACGACCACCACAAAAAAUUCCAACCCUCUCGACCUACCUUUGGCGCACCUAGAUCACUUGGAAAGCCUGGGAUACCCCCUGAAUAGUCUCUUGGAUCGUUGCCGUCGUUGCAACAGUGAGAAGCACGAUAACAGCAAUGGUGAGAACGGUGAUGCUUCCGGACGUUCCUUUGUCAAUAACUCAGACUCGAUGGGGACUAGUCGAGAUAUAGUUCGCGAUCUAGAGUCUAUCCUUGGCGCCAAAGUGAGCCCGAACUUUGGAUAUUCCGACAACACCUUUGUCCCGAGCAACACAAACAACACAGUCGAACCUAAUCCGCUGAGCCGUUCAACAGAGAAUGACGAUAGCAUUAACAUCCAGGUCGAACAUGCGAAAACUUCUGGUGAAAUGUCUCUGGAUGAAAUGGAAGCAAUGCUAUUGUCGGAAGAUAAUAAUAAUAAUGGUCAAGAAGGAGCGAAAGCCGAGCAUCCGCCGACUGCUAGUCAUCUCGAAGACGCGAUGAAAGCGACAUAUAUGACAAGUGGAACUUCUGCAGGUGCUUGCAUGGAGAUGGCAGAGCAACAAAGGCAGGUCGAUUUAAACAUGCGGCGACCUGCAUGGAUACGAUGCCAGCGUUGGGAUGAAUGUGCCAUUGGAACUUUACCGGGAUAUCCUACGUAAGAUGAAUUUGAUAUUAUUCUGAAUUUAGUCUAAUUUGAUGGUUUGGGCAUCUGGAACGCCACUUGUGUUCAAAAAGUAAAAACAUUUGAUGACACUGCGUCAGGUUGAAAAAAGCAGAGCUGAAGUACCGAGGAGUAGAGUUGUUUAAAGUAUUUCACUACACACAUGGAGGAACAAAGGAAGAUAGUAGAAUUACAACUUCGUAAAUGGUUUCCUGAAAAAAGAAAUACAUGUACGCAAUCACACGGAAAUGAGAGAAAAUUUUUGCUGGUGGUGUUCUUGUUGCUCUGCACUGAGAGUUCUUGGCUUCAAAUUCUUAGUAAGAAAGCUUUAUUCCAUCCAGUGUUCCCAUAUUCAAAUAUUAUUAAAUUUGUAGUAUUGCUUGGACAAAAUAUUACAUUUUUUAUUUUAAUUCUUGUUCUUUGUCUCCCUGCUUCAAUGGGGUUUCAGGAAACUACUAUUUUAUUUAUUCUCAUCUUGUAUCUUGUACUGGCACUUUCUCGUCAAAAAGUAACUGAGGGCCAUGGUACGUACCAUAUGCUCCAUACCGUACAUACCUAACGAUAAUCAAUCAAUGAAGUACGGUACAACGUCACUACCGUACACCGAGUGGUAACGAAGAAAUAGAAAGUGUUAGGCAUCCAUCAGUUGAUACGUGACGUUCAAGUACGUUUCUCGGCCUUCAAGAAAAAGAAUCGCACACCCAUGAAAUAAAGCUUUCUUCAUCGAACGGCUUCAUAAUAGUGGUAGUAAAUCCUAUCCUGCCUCUUUUGAAAACACAGUUGAGCAACUAUCAACUCUCCCAACGAAUCAAUUCGGAAGAAGCUGAUUCAACAUCGGUAGCUUUUGAAUCUUGUCAUAAUGAAGAUCUACAUACCGAUUUCUUUCCUUGCGGUUGCUUCCGCUUUUUCUACCACAAAAAGAUGCCCGUCGUCGUCGUUUAGAGUAGCUACUGAAUCAAACACGUUUUUGUUCGCUGAAACCUCACCUUCGGAUGCCACUGCCGAUAAAAAGAAGCCGAUGACUCCGAAGGAAGUUGAAGCUCAACUAAAAGCAAGGCGAGAAUUGGGCGAAGCUAGCACACAUCCCAAAAUUUUCAGCGAUGAUUUACUAGACGACAUGAAAGAAAUCUUACUCAUCCUAGAGAAGAGGAUCCAGGAAGGUCCAGGAUCAAUAGGCGCAGCGGAAGUAGAUAACUUUGUUGGCAUGUCGAAGAAUGUGCUGGACGAAAUGAAGCAGAAAGAAUAUGAACGACUUGAAGAUGCGAAAUCGCCCCCUGCUGAACCGUCGCCUGCUGCUACUGCUGCUGUGAGCACACCAGCACCAGUUAUCCCUACAUCAGAGGCUAUUGCGGCAAGUGGAAAAAAUGAAUCACCCGAAGAUGAUGAAUUUUUUAAUCCCGACGACAUGAGUGAAGGUCCUGGCUACAGUCCAGAUGGAGGCCAAGGUAGCAUUCCAAAGGACACGACAAACACUUACGUUAUCCCUGGAAUGGACGAAAUGUCACCAGAAGAAUACCAAAAGGCACUUCAGAAAUCGAUCAUAGACCGUCAAAGUGUGCGAAAGUCGAGUGGAACAUACGGAAACAGAAACACCUGGGAUUACUUGAAUGGUCUGAGUGGGGGUACCGACCCUGUCGUGCUCAAGCAAGAUGAAGACAACUUAGAGAAUUAAGCGAAAAUUCAUUCCGUUUCUCCUCAUGAACAAUUCUAGUUUUUGAAGGUGCGAAAGCUGAUGUAAGUGUUAAAAAUCAGUAAAUCAGUUAUCAAACA